CACGUACACCGAACUGGCCCUGUAAAGAAAAGGAUGACCCGAUCCCCCUCGUUUUUAAGCUCACCUGAGCCCCUCCCAUCUCCACUCUGCAUUUGUUCCCCUCUCACUUCCGUUCGGAUCUUAGGAGCAGCAGAGACGAAGCCCCGCUCCUUCCAUUCUCACCGACGGAGAACCGACGGGCCAGAGCUCGUCCGUCUGCGCCACGUCGUGGAUGCCGCUGCUGCCAUCCCUCUCCGGCUUUCCCUAUACUCUCUCUUUCCGUGUGUCCCUCGCUACCCCUCUUGACGCUCAUCAACGCAUUUUCUUGCCAGGGCUUGCUGGACGUCCGCCGUCGUCGACCCCGCACGUGCGGUUCUGUCCCCGGCAUCGCUCUCGUUCUCGUCCAACGCGGCGACCGGAAGAGCACCUGCGCACCUUCAGUGGCCGAUGGGAACAUCUGCAUGCCGCCGAGCCACCCUCCACUUCGCCCUGUCGCCCACUCACCCCACGGCCGCCGUUGUGGAGAGUCCGACAACUCCGUGCCGUGCCGUCGCUCUGCAUGUCGCCGUGCACGCCGUGGCCGUGGCUGCCGUCUUUCUCAGUCCCCUAUCUCUCCGUUUCUAUCUUUUUGGAUAUCUCUGGAGACCCUGACGUGAUUCCCGUCUUGCAUGCGCAGCUCGCUGAAAGGCCAUCGUCGUCGAGUUUCUCCUCGCGGUCCGUCCCGGCAUCGAGCUUGCCUGCGAGCUAGCCGAUCACCGGGAACCUCCUGCGCAUCCGAGGAGACCGAGCUGAUCUUCCGCGUCUUCCCUGCACCGUCUCCGUCUCCGUCGAGUUCGUCCACGACGACUCCAGCCAUGGACGAAGCUCCCCUCGCCGCGCUCGCCGUUGUCCACGUCGACGUCCAGGGACGUCGCUGCAUGUCCAAGCUGAGCGAGCAAGGCCUCCGUGCACCUCCACACCAUCCCGGCGUCGUCCUCAUCACCGCCGAGCUCGUCUACUCCGUGCAUGUCGCCAUCGACGGAGUUCCGUCCGUGCCGGCCAUAUAUCAUCCCGCCGGCAUGCAGCUCCACAAGCGUGUAGGAGACCUCCGUGCGAGCCUCCUCGAACACCACGUCUUCAUCGCCAUCCAAGAGCCACCCACGGUGAGCACCGACCGCAUCCGCUCUCUUCCUCCGCCGCCAAGCCGCAGCAGCACCUACCGCGUUCGGUCAUCGCGAAAGGCAUAGUCUCGAUCCGUUCGU